AAAUCAUAAUUAAAUAAUGUGUAAAUCAGCAAUUUGUUCAAUUUGUCACCAUAAGAGUUGGGUAGGAUGUGGUCAACAUAAGGAGUCAAUCAUGAGUAUUACUCCAAAGGACCAGUGGUGUACCUGUGAAGCUUUGGAAGGUGAAGGUGAUGAAUUUCCUCCAAAGGCCGGUACUGGAUUCGCCAGAAAAACCAGUUCUGAUUAAUCAAUUGGGUGUUAGUGUUUGUUAGUGUUUGUUAGUGUUUGUUAGUGUUUGUUAGUGUUUGUUAGUGUUUGUUAGUGUUUGUUAGUGUUUGUUAGNUGUUAGUGUUUGUUAGUGUUUGUUAGUGUUUGUUAGUGUUUGUUAGUGUUUGUUAGUGUUUGUUAGUGUUUGUUAGUGUUUGUUAG